AUGUCGGGCGGCGCGGCGCGGCGGUACGUGGCGGCGGCGCUGGGCCGGGCCCCCCGCGGGCCGCCCCCGCUCUGGGAGCCGCCCCCCGCCCGCCACCUGCGGGCUCUGGGCACCGGGGGGGCGGUGGCGGCGCUGCCGCCGUUGCUGCUGCCGCCGAGGCGGCACCUCUCGUCGCGGAACCGUCCCGAGGGCAAAGUGCUGGAGACCGUGGGGGUGUUUGAGGCCCCGAAGCAGCACGGGAAAUACGAGACAGGCCAGCUCUUCCUGCACAGUGUGUUUGGCUAUCGAGGAAUAGUCCUGUUUCCCUGGCAAGCCAGGCUUUAUGAUCGGGAUGUGGCUUCUCCUGUCACAGAAAAGAGCGAGAAUGUGGCAGGCCAUGGUUCCAAAGAGGUCAAGGGUAAAACACACACUUACUACCAGGUGUUAAUAGAUGCCCGGGAUUGUCCACAUAUAUCCCAGAGAUCACAGACAGAGGCAGUGACGUUCCUGGCAAAUCAUGAUGACAGCAGAGCCCUCUAUGCCAUCCCAGGUUUAGACUAUGUAAGCCAUGAAGACAUCCUUCCCUACAGCUCCACUGAUCAAGUGCCCAUCCAGCAUGAGCUCUUUGAGAGGUUCCUCAUGUACGACCAAACAAAAGUCCCACCUUUUGUAGCAAGGGACACUCUGUGUGCGUGGCAGGAGAAGAACCACCCCUGGCUGGAGCUCUCGGAUGUGCACCGAGAAACCACGGAGAACAUCCGUGUCACUGUUAUCCCCUUCUACAUGGGCAUGAGGGAAGCCCAGAAUUCCCACGUCUACUGGUGGCGCUACUGCAUUCGCCUGGAGAACCUGGACAGUGAGGUGGUGCAGCUGAGAGAACGGCACUGGAGGAUAUUCAGCUUGUCUGGCACCUUGGAGACAGUCCGGGGCCGUGGGGUUGUAGGAAGGGAGCCAGUUUUGUCCAAAGAGCAGCCAGCAUUUCAGUACAGCAGCCACGUCUCCCUGCAGGCAUCCAGUGGUCACAUGUGGGGCACUUUUCGAUUUGAGAGGCCUGAUGGCUCCCACUUUGAUGUCCGAAUCCCACCCUUUUCCCUGGAAAGCAACAAAGAUGAGAAGACCCCUCCCUCCGGCCUUCACUGGUAGAUCAGAGUGCCCAGAGCCACGGAGGCCUGUGUGUGUUGUAGACCUUUGCCUCCCCUUUAUGCUGCAGCCAAGAACACGGAGCUUUUAAACAUUUUAAACCAUUUUUGUUUUAACUGUUGUCUGCCAGGGAGGCUUUUUUUGGAACUUUACUACUCUUCUCUCAGGCUGCUUGUAAAACAUAAGCUGUGUUCCAGGUAACCUUUCCCUCUGUGGCACCUGCUGGGUUUUUGGGGCUGGGGGAUGUAGAUCUGUGCUGCUGCAGAAGACUGGCCCCCCUCAGCAGGCCUGGACUCUUUCCAAUGUGUUGUGACUUCUCUGCAAUGUGAGGUUUCUCUAAUAAACUGGCCCUUCCAGUUGCAACCAGUCUUCCUUCCUAAGCCAAGGCCAUGGCUUUGCAUCCAGCCUGUCCCAGCUUGUUGCUCCCCCAGAGUUCUUGCUGCUUCAGAAGCAGCUGCUCCUCCUUUAGGGAUCAGGAAUGUGAGCUCAGCUUUCCUGCAGUGCAGCUGCUUUUUGGGAUCCAGCCAGGGCUGGAGCAGCCUGUGAGCUCCACUUGUGGCACAGCUUGUCUGGGCUUUGUGCUGUGAUACAAAGCCUGUUCUUCUUGGAGAAGAGGGUGCAGAGGGGACGAGGUGGGUGACAUAUGGUGCUGUCACAGUGUCCUGUGUGUGCAGAGCACCAGGCUCUGUGCUGUGAUGGCACAGGAGAGCUGAGGGAGUCCUUCCCCUGCCAGGGCUUUGCUUUGCUGCAGGGAUUUCCAUCUCAGCAGCUCCCCUGCUCACGCUGUGGCUGCAUCCAUAUUUCCUUGGUAGUUCCUGCUUGUUUUCACCUGGAAUGCUGUGAGGGAGUGCUUGGCUUUCUGCUCCUGCUUGCUCUGCUUGGCAGGUUGGGGUUUUUUGGUGGCAUGUAUCUGGAGGGCCCUGCAGGACUGUGAAAUCCUCUAAGAUGACAAUGUAUGGAUGUGUGGGAAAGCCAGAGCAGCUCUGAGGAUUGCAGAGAUCAUCAGCCCCCGUGGUGUGGGACCCUUCUGGCUGCCUCUGGGUUUCCAGACUUCUGCAUGACUCUGAGACAGGAGUACUUGGCUUUGUGAUAACCCUAGGAAGAGUUCCCACCCUUCCUCCUUUCCUACUCUUGCUUAAAUGACAAGGUGUAACUAACUCACAGGAUGUUUUCCUUGAUUUAGAAGUAUCCCAGUUAUUCCCUCUUCCCUGGAGCCCCCUCUGAGCAGCCUGUUUGCCCUUGGCCCUGCAAGGCAGAGCUGUGAGCAAACAGCCUUGGGGGGAGACUCUGAUGCUGUCCCACAGGCAGUGGAUCCCUGUUUAGAGAGACUCAAUCACUGCAGUGUUUAUCUGUCACCAGUCUCUUCAGUUUUGUGUCUUCCUUCCUCUCAGGUAGUCCUUGCUCAAACUUAGACUUUCAAAGGUUCAAACAGCCAGCCUGCUUUUAGGGGUAGAAAAGAAUCCCUAAAGACCAUUCACAGCUGACAACCCCCCAUUGCUGCUGUCAUGCUGAUUUCCUCUCAGGAGGAGGAGGUGGGAAGAUGCCUCGAGUUCAGAGGCAGCAGGAGCCGGUAGGACCCUGCUUGUCCCUUCCCAUGCAGCUGCCCUGCCCUCCCUCGGGUUACUUCAGCUUUCCUGGCGAUUGCAACACCCCUGUGAAUGUUUAACCUCGCUGCUCCACCCCGAAGGGAUGGAGUGAUCCCGGGGCAGGCUCUGCUGGGUUUUGGGGUGAUGUCCCAUCGGGGCUGAGGCAGGGACGGACAUUCCUGCCAGGAUAAUCAUUGGCAAGACCGAGGUCACCGCGGUAACACACCGGGGCACCGCAGGAAUGUUUCCACUCCAGCAGGCUUUGCCGGCCUGUCCUGGCGCCUGGGCGCGAUGCCAGAGGCUCGGCAGGGCCUUUCCCCAACCGCUUCAUCCCUCCGGUGCCUUCCCGGAGCGCGGCCGAGCCCCGUCCCCCUCUCGGUGUAAAUACCUGUACAAAGAACCAACCAAUAAAGCGCUGAACGAA